CCAGGAUCAACGCACAACACAUGCAAUCAUGUUCAACGACAAAUCAGCGAACCUGAUCGUGGUGGCAUUCAGAGGCACCAGCCCAUUAGAUGCCGACGCGUGGAUCACAGACAUCAACCUCGAAUGGUACACACUUCAAGGCACGGGUAACACACACCGUGACUUUAUGAAAGCUUUGGGCCUCAAAGGCCCAGACUGGCCCAAGCCUGAUAAUGUCACCGACACACACCACUUUGCCCAACAACCUGCGUAUUACGAGAUCGCAAAGAGGCUGAGAGAUCAAUUAUUGUUAGACCCUGAAGGAGAAACUAUGUUUAUUGUGACAGGACACAGUUUGGGUGGUGCACUGGCAAUACUGUUUGUGGGUUUGUUGGCCUACCAUGAUGACACGUGGCUGAUGAAAAGGUUGGAAGGGGUGUACACUUUUGGGCAACCUGGGGUUGGGGACAUGGAAUUUACAGAGUCCAUGAAUAGGAAGAUAAAGGAACAUGGUCUGAAAUAUUUGAGGUAUGUGUAUUGUAAUGACAUUGUGCCCAGGUUGCAUUUUGAUAAUCGGACUUUCAGGUCUAGGCACUUUGGAAGGUGUCUGUACUUAAACAGUUGUCAUCGAGGCUGGAUUGUAAAGGAGGAACCAAACAAAAACUACUUCCCGUGGAAGUGGUUAGUACCCAAGUUCUUCAACUCAUAUUGGGAGCUGAUUAGGGGUUUCACCAUCCAUUAUAGAAGGGGCAAAGAAUACAAAGAAGGCUGGUUUUUGAUAUUGCUUAGGCUGUUGGGUUUGGUAUUUCCAGGAUUAUCAGCUCAUUCCCCUCAAGAUUAUGUUAAUGUCACCCAGUUGGGAAUGCUGCCUUCUAAUCUCCAAAACAUAACUCGUCAAGCAAGUUAAAUAAAUAUACAAAUUAUUGUAUUCCUCUAUUUAA